UGCCAAAACUGCUCUCCCGCCAUAUAUACAAAAAGUACAUACUAAGUGCAAUCUAAUUAUAAGGAAAGUAGGAUGCAGUAGCUAUAAUACCGAUAUUGAAAACUGUAGGUAACGCCAUCUAAGCAACGACAUUAAAAAAUAUUCGUAGCGGUGCUGUAAUGGGGAAAUGUAUACCUUUUGAUGGAUUUGGAUCUCGAUAUUUGUUAUGGCUAGUCAACGAACAAAUCUGAUGCGUACUCGUAAAAGUGGGCGUAUUUAUCCACGUACCUUAUGAAGAGGAUAUCUGCGUGUGACGAGGAAUGUAGCGUUUUAACUGGGAGUAACCUGCAAAGCAGCAAGUUUUUUAACUAUACAGACAGCAAUAAUGUUCAACAUUGGUUGGAUCCAACCAAGCCUAUAAAGAAACAAGUAAAAAUUGGUCCACCAUAUACCUUACGUCUUAAGGUAAAGUUUUAUUCGUCAGAGCCUAAUACAUUACGUGAAGAAUUAACAAGGUAUCAGUUCUUCUUGCAACUGAAACAAGAUGUUUUGGAUGGAAAACUUCACUGCCCUCAUCAGGUUGCUGUACAGUUAGCUGCUUUAGCUCUACAAUCUGAACUUGGAGAUUAUGAUCCUGCCAUUCACAGUGCAGCUACAGUAUCUGAAUUUAGAUUUGUACCAGGUCAAACAGAGCAAAUGGAGCUUGAAAUACUUGAAGAAUAUGCCAAAUGUUCAGGUCUUAGUCCAGCACAAGCUGAAUCAACUUAUCUCAGUAAAGCUAAAUGGCUGGACAUGUACGGUGUGGAUAUGCACACUGUACUUGGGAAGGAUGCAUGCGAAUAUUCUCUAGGAUUAACUCCAACUGGAAUCUUAGUUUUUGAAGGAACACAAAAGAUAGGUUUAUUUUUCUGGCCCAAGAUUGGUCGUCUAGAUUUUAAAAAGAAAAAAUUAACAUUGGUUGUAGUAGAAGAAGAUGAUGAAGGUAGAGGAGAACAAGAACAUACGUUUGUAUUCAGAUUGGUAAAUGAAAAGGCUUGUAAACAUUUAUGGAAGUGUGCUGUAGAACAUCAUGCAUUCUUUCGAUUGCGUGCUCCCGUCAAAGGUGCUAGCGGACGUCAGAACUUCUUCAGGAUGGGUUCACGUUUUCGUUACAGCGGAAAAACUGAAUUUCAAACUACUCAAUUGAACCGAGCUCGUAGAACUGUGCAAUUUGAGAGACGUCCAAGUCAGAGAUACGCUCGUCGACAGAGUCAUGUCUUGAGGGAACGUCAACGACAACAAACUGAGCAACCACCACCACCGCAGCAGCCUGCACCGCCUGCUGCCGAAGAGGAACCUUUGCAACGUCAGUCGAGUCAAUGCAGUACAAAGUCAUCAGAUUCCAGUGUACAUGCUACAUCUUCACCUUUGGUGGAUUCUCUGUUAAAAUCACUUGCCAAAGAUCAACAACCUUUGGAGCCUAGAAAUCAAACGACAGUGGCUGCCACUGAAAAAGAAUCUGAACCAGUAAAGACUAGUUUGAUCAUUGAAAAUAUGACUAAUCAAACAUCACUAGUGCCAAAUAAUCAAGUUGGUGGUACCUCUUCACUGCCACCUCGUACACCUAUUCCUCCAGAAUCACUGAAAUGCAAUAUCUUGAAAGCAAAGUCUCUUGAGCAAGGCAAGAACUCUAACUUGGUUUCAAUUACCUCUACGGAUCCAUCAACAGUCGUUACUAAAAAUAAUCAGCAUACUGAUGCAGCAACAAUUGUAUCUGUGGGAGGAGAUAAACUGACACUUUCUGUAAGCGGAGCUACGGUGAUGAAUCCAUCUGCAGAGGAUAAUGUGACAGUAACGCAUUUCUCUUUAGACAGUUGGGGACAGAUUGAACAAAAAACCACACAGUUAAAUCCUAAAGUUUCGAAUCAGUCUCAGAAUCCAUUUAAUCCGUUCACUAACGAUAACAGCAACGAAAUUAUUACUAGUACUACCGAAAGUGUAGAAGAAGAUACAAAAACGGAAGAAGAAAAGAAAGCGAAUACGAAUCCGUUUAUAGAUUCGAAUCCGUUUUUGGGGCUGCUCAACCCCUUCAAAGAAGUACAGCCUACUACUGAAAAGAAAACUGAAGAAACAGAAAAGAAUGGAGCAAGAGUUGUGAAAACUGAAGAAAUACAAACAACUACUACAACUCUUACUCAUAAGGAUGACAAUACAGCAGUUUCUGAUAUCAGUCCUUGGUUAGUUGCUGAUCCAUCACAAAACACAACGAUAGAUCAAACUCCAAUUAAACAUACUGUAAUUACGAGGAAGACAGUAAUCACGACUCAGCUUUAAAAUGAUUAUUUAUGAAACAACGAUAUAAAGGUGAAUAAUGCUUCUGAAAAAUAUCGAGGAAUGUGGUAAAUCUCGUCUUCCGUAAGCUACUUAAGUGCCUACAAAAUUGCAUUGCCUCAUAAGACCGGACAAUACAGUUUAAAAUAAUUUUACAUUUUCAAGGGGCCAAUUAAGCAUUUAUACUUCUUAAAUUUUAAAGACUUUUGAUAUAAAAUAAUUUCAUUCUGUGAGUUUUAUGACGAGAUUAUGUGCUCGGAACAACUUUUAUAAAAUCGUAUACUUAAUAUUAUAUAGUAACGACGUAAGUACUCUUAAACGUUGUAAAAGUAAUAUGUACUUCAAAGUGCUAUUUUUUCAUUUAUUUUAUUACAACAUUCCUUCGAACUCGGUAAUUAUGCAGAAAUAUUAUUUCAUAUAUAUGCAUUUUUAAUGUUAUUCUGCCAUGUCAUUCAAUUGUGUUCUGCAUUUAUUGUUAAGUAGGAUAGGUAACUUUUACAAAGAGAGAAAUGUCUUUGCACCUUGUCAGUAUGGAUCAGAACAUAC